AUGCCGGACCCGACGUCUCGAGCACCAGUCCAGGGAAAUGGUUCGUCAUCCUCUCCCAGGUCGACAUCGGCUGCUCGUGCGCCAUCCGAUACGUCAAAGCGUGGCCGCUCCAGUCUGCUUGAUCAACUCGAUAUCAUCUGCAGCAGCCCCUCGCAGCACUUGACUUCAAGCCCAAACGCCGUUGACUUCGAGAACGGGAAACGAUCAGAAUUAGUCGAAAGCUCGGCAUCAGAGCGGAAUCCUCUUCAGCCUGUCACCAGCAUCGUUUCGAAUGGCGAUGCGCCGGCCAGGCACCAGGACAAACAAGAUAUUAGCGCCACGGAAAUGCUUGAAAUGUCGUGCUCGCCGCCCACGCAGACUUUCCCGCACAUGACGCUCAUCAAGGACAUGCCGCAAGAGCUGCAGGAUCUCUAUCACCGCCUCGCCUACGGAGCAUCUUCGUCGUCUUCAAGUACGACGCCAACCAAUCCUGGAACAACUGUGAGGGGAACCCGAGGAAAGACGUGGCAGACCACAUGGGAGGACGAUGCCGAUGUGCCGGAUCGAAGCACUAGUGCGGCGGAUGCAUCCAGCAGAUCCAAUGGUGCGCGGGCGGGCAGCACCUCAGCUGGCUCAAGCAGCCGUGGUCGCAGGCCGGCCGGUUCCCCAGCCACUACAGCAGCACGCAAAGGCGCACGAGCGGCGACAAAGACUCGUUCGAGCUCGACAAGUGGCAGCAACACUUCGAGUCGCGGCCGAAGUCAGUACUUUGCCUCUUAUCGUGGGCGUGGGCGUGGACGGGGUCGAGGUCGAGGACGUGGUCGUGCAAGAGGCCGUUGA